ACGUUGUGAAGGCGAAGAGUAGUGCCCCGCUGAAGAGUAGUGCCCCUUAGUCAAGCUAAAGUCGUCUAGGGAAGUGUUUGGCAAUGGCUUCCAUCUCCACUCCACCUGUUGUAGAUCAAGAUGAAAAACCAAAAAGCAGGAGACCUAAGGACACAAAAUUUAAGCAGCAGAAACUUCCAGCAUGGCAGCCUAUUCUUACUGCAAAUACAGUAUUGCCAGCAUUUUUUGCUAUUGGCAUUGCAUUUAUUCCACUAGGAGCAACUCUAUUGUAUGUAUCAGACAAUAUCAAAGAAAAUGCAUAUGACUAUACUCACUGCAUAAAUAUUAAUGCAUCAGAGAAUACAAACGAGACGUGUGCUGAGUUCCUUAAAAAUAUCAGCAAUGCUGGGGAAACAUGCACAUGUCGUGUCACCGUCACUCUUGAGGAAUUCAGUGGUACCGUGUAUAUGUACUAUGGAUUAACCAACUUCUAUCAGAACCACCGUCGCUAUGUCCGAUCUCGUGAUGACAACCAGCUCAAUGGUCAGGUGAUGGAUCCAAGCCAACUUGCGGAUGACUGCAACCCAUACAAAACAACAAGUUUAAAUGGAUCUACCCUUGGUUACGCACCAUGUGGAGCUAUUGCUAACAGUCUGUUUAAUGACUCAUUCGAGGUAGUCUACAAGACCAGGUGAUGAUCUGUUGGACUUCUUAGUACUGGAAUCGCUUGGGUUUCGGAUAAGACUGUCAAGUUCAAAAAUCCAUCUGAUUGGCAGCUAGACAAGUAUGUACGUCCACCAAACUGGAAGGUAAAUGUAUGGAACAAGUGAGGGUAUCGAAAUGAGGAUCUUAUUGUGUGGAUGCGCACAGCUGCUUUGCCAACCUUCAGAAAAUUUUACCGCCGCAUCGAUCAUACCAAGUCAGAGUUUAGCAAUGGUCUACCAGCUGGCACAUAUGAAUUCCGGAUUAACUACAAUUAUCCUGUUAUAGCUUUUGAUGGCACUAAGAGCAUCAUCCUGACCACAUCAUCAUGGAUGGGUGGCAAGAAUCCUUUCUUAGGUAUCGCAUACCUGGUUGUUGGCUCUUUGUGCAUCAUCCUGGGAGCUGCAUUCCUCAUUGUUCACCUGAAAUGGGGCAAGAAAGUAGAGUGGUGGAUUAAAAAGUUUGAUGAAGAUCCCUUGGCGUUUUCCAAUGUGGAAGACGAACAGCAGGUUGAAGGCCGAGCGAUGUGAUCAAUGUAACAAAUCGUGAGAACUACUAAGGUCGUUGGCUGAUGUCUGGAAAGACUGCACAUCUCUGCUGAUACUUUGUAGACGCUAGCUGAGUCCUUGCCCAUUCUACAGUAUCAUGUGACAGCAGACAUUUCAUCUUAAAGUUAUUUUCUCUAAGGACUGCAGCAUGAUCACAGCUGUCUACGAGCAUUCCAGAUGUAGGACACAUUAAAACAGGUGACAGAAUUGCUACAUUCUGUAUUAACUAUAUAUGUCAUGGGUGGUGAAUUUCUUCAUAGGAGCUAGGUUCUUGUCUUAAAGCAGAAUUCUUGGCCUCAUUCCCAAGCUUUAUUCCAGUUUGUACCAGAUGCCCUUUUAUUCAGCCAGUGUUAUACUGGUAUAUGGACAUUGAUGAGUAUUUUAGGGUCUUUAUGUUGGGUUUUUUUUUUUUUUUCUGUGUUCCUGUCCUUGUCACCUAGAGAAUCUACUUCUUACUUUAGUAUUUGGGGUUGAAACUCGACUUUUUUUCCACUUUGUUAUUUGACUAUGCUACAUAAGUAUUGUAGCCUAUGCUUGGCAGUGUUUCAGAAAUAUUAAGUACAUGAUGAGGAGUGUUCAGUUAUACAGGGCCUGUAAUUAAUCUCAUUCACCCUUGCCAGACAUUGCACAUGGAGUAAAAUGGGGAAAGAUUGGCAGGUAUUAUCAAUGCUAUGGCACUUGAGCCAGGUUGUGAAGUGUCCAUUAUUGCUGGUUUGCCUCCUUACAGACAGAAGCACGUAUAUGAUUCCAUUCUCACAACCUUGUAAUCUGUGAUGCAACUUGAUCUUUUUCAACUCUUCUCCUUGUAAGAGAUUAUUGCAUAGAGAUUGUUUCGAUGCUGAAGAUUUGGGUGUUGUAGUUCUCUGCAGUAUAAUGUAUAGCUCUAUGUGGAAACUUUCUGCAAUCAUCCUGGCAGAGUGGGGGGGAGGUUUUGGGAGAUUGUGAGCUAAUAAUUACAGAUUUUUAGGUCUGGCACACACACACACACAGAAAGGAGGGGUUCCAUUUUAUACUUCCAUUUACAAAAAAAAAAACCUAAAUAAAAUCUUUUAAAACAUUUAAAAACAGAACAACAUUUAAAGCUGGCUAUAUGCAAGUCCUAUAUUAAAGGCCGAUGUCGCGGUGGGCGUUUUUAAAAAUGGUUUCGCCCGUGCAAGGGAAGGUAAGAGUACACAUGGUGCUGACUUUUACAAGUGGUCAGUUUUCCCUAAUUGCUACCCUGCCCCGAGGCAGGGUGGAGAUUAUUCCUACCUUCCCUCCAUGGGCGAUACCACUCACUUCCCCAAGGUGGGAAGAUAUCGGCCUUUAAGUUCAUUUAGCUGAUUCUUUCUGUGGCAUUGUUACAGAAACUUUGUUGCCCAAUCAUUGAAGGGAUAUAUUAUUUUAAUGUUGAGUUGAGCUAACUCUGAAUUGUGGUUUGAAGUCUGCACUUGUAGUGUGUCAUGCUGUAAAUGAAACCUCUCCCAGUCUGAUUGUGGAUGAGAUAGCCCGUGAGGGAGACUGAUGGUGUUAAUUUCUUACUUUUCUUUGUUUUAUUUUGAAAAAGUGGAGGAGUAGAAGCAGGUGCACUUUACAGUUAAUCAGUGAUGCAUGUCAGGGAUACAUUUCAUGGGACAAUGAAUGUUGUUUAAACUGUGCUUUUCUUCAAUGUAUGAAUGAAACAAGAGUUUUGGUCUUGGAAGAUGGGAGAGAAUGUUCACGAUAAAGAUAGUUUUAAAUUAACUCCAUGUUUUUAAAUAUUAUGUAUGUGUGUAUUGUAAUUCUUUGAAAUACGAACACUUUGUUGUCGGUACAUCUAGUCUAUUCUGAAUAUAAUGAUUCUUUACUAUGAAAAUCAGACCAACACUCAUUGGAGUGUAACACUUCACAUUAAUCAUUAGGAAAAUAAAGAACAAGUCCAUACAUAUGAUUUUUUUUGUAAAUACUUAUCAUUAUUGCAAAAGAUUGUCAAUUUUUCUUCAUAACCUAAACCCAAAUGUUAUGAUUUCCAGAUUUAUUUUAUUCAUGUUUUGUUCUUUGCAUGAAGUGGAGUAUUUUUAUUUAAAUGACAGGCAUUGUUCAUAACAAAAAUACUGCUUUUAAAAAUCUGUGAAUAAUACUCAGUGUGUGCGUACAAACAUCACAAUGCAUAGAAAGAAGUCGCAAACACAGAAAAGUGUUGUUCACUCAUAUAUUGGGAAACAGUAUUCUUAACUCAAUCCUGUCACUUGAAAGAAAUGAUGCCCAUCUAGUUCCAUAAUUAUUCCAUUUGGUACAGACCAUUUUUAGUGUCACCAACCCCUAGCAUUUCUUUCCAUGAUUAAUUCUCAGGUAGAGAAUUUAAAGAACUUUAUUUUCUUUGGCUUGCCUUGUACAUACAGUUAUCUUUCUUGAACUGUGAUUUUAAUUUAUGAAUUUAAAUGCAAUCUGUGUGAAAGUCAAUGCAGAAAUUGAAUUUAAAAUGUCUUAGUAUGAAUGCUUAGAGAAAAAGUUCCAAAUGUAAACUUUGCUUCUACUUGUGUACAUUAAGCAGUAACCUUCACCCCAAGCAAUCACAAGUUAUCACUAUUUCUUUUAUAAAUGGAAAGUUCGAGUCAUGAAUGUGUCAUUUUGUCAGCUACCAAUGAAGUCUCAAAUAUACAGAUUAAAAUUGCAGUGUUGUAAUGUGCUUUUGCUGAGUAUUUCUUUACAUAGUUUCAGUGCAUAUUUAUCUUGGUAACUUUAUUUUUUAUUUGGGCGGUGUUACAUUCAAGACUUAGUGAAAGGUAUACUCCUUUGAAAUGCAUAUCUUCUAAGUACUUUAGUUAUCAGUUUAAAAAUAAAAUAUUAAAAGCA